AUGCAGCUCCUCAACUACCUCCCCGUCGCUCUCACCACCCUCGGCCUCACAGCCUCGGCUUCUCCUCUCCGCCGUGCCGACAGCCCAGCCCUAACCUGGCACGUCUCCAACUUCACCACCGGCUGCUCCCCGGCUGCCUGCACCUACAGCUUCAACAUCUACGGCGUCGCCACGGCCAACACCCCCGGAUUCAACGCCACCUGCACUGGUAACUCCAACAACACUGCCCUGACUGCUUGUGGUGGCAACCCUCAGGUCCAGUCCCGCAUCCAGCCCGCUACCUACCCGGAAUGGAACAUCCGAGUCGAGCAUGCCUGGACUCUGCCCGGCGACAUGGAAUUCUAUGCUUAUGGCGAGACCAAUGUUACCUCGCCGACACCGAAGUUCACCAUUCCUGUCACGGAGGAAUAUGGUGUUGCUUAA